GAACGGUCGACGUCACAGCCACAGGCAGCAGAAGGAUGGGCGAGAGUUGUGUGUACCUUGCCGCUGCUUCAUGGCAAUAGAGAGAUGGCGUCCGCAUCCCGAUGAAUAAGCAAAAAAAGAAGAGGAAAAGGGAUGAUGCUGGACCCUACUACGCCUAAAGGGGAAACCGUUCAAUUCAGCACAUCAGCUAUGGAGGGAUUCAUCUCUCUUUCACAAUCAUUUCGUUCCAGGGAUGUUAACGCCCUUUUCGUGCGUUUUUAAACUCUUCGGUUGAUUCCUUCCAACGAAGGAGGUGAGGAGAUUGCUGUCUGGUAGGCUACAUCUGUUUUCUUCCUCCGCUUCUCUGCCCAUCUGACGCAGGGGCGAGGAGGAGAGGAGAGAAGGGGAAGAGAGGAGAGGGAGGGCGAUGGCUGCUGGAGGGGGAUGCGGGGACACGGUGGAGCAGUGCCGGGCAGAGGUGGAGCGUUUGACCCGUGAGCUAGCGGAGGCGAACCGGGAGAAGAUCCGGGCUGCGGAGUGCGGUCUGGUGGUUCUGGAGGAGAACCAGACCCUGAAGCAGCAAUAUUCGGAUCUAGAGGCCGAGCAAGAGGCGCUCCGACAGGAGCUGGAACAGCUACAAGAGGCGUUUGGCCAGACCUUCUCCACCCAGCGCAAGGUGGCUGCGGACGGGGAGACCAACGAAGAGACCCUCCUACAGGAGUCAGCCACUAAGGAGGCGUAUUACAUGAGUCGCCUGCUGGGGAUCCAGUCAGAGCUCAAACAGAGCCGGGCCGUCACAGUCAACACACAGGCCGACAACGAACACCUCAGUACCCUGCUGCAGGAGCUCAGAGAGAGUAAUGAUAUGUUGGAGCUGCAACGGAGCCGGAUGAGAGAGGAGAUCAGGGAAUAUAAGUUCAGAGAGGCACGACUCCUACAGGACUACACUGAGCUGGAGGAGGAGAACAUCACCCUGCAGAAACUAGUGUCCACUCUCAAACAGAAUCAGGUGGAGUACGAGGGGUUAAAGCAUGAGAUCAAGGUUCUGGAGGAGGAGACUGAGCUGCUGAACAGUCAGUUAGAAGACGCCUUACGUCUCAAAGACAUCUCCGAGGCCCAGCUGGAGGAGGCCCUGGACUCCCUGAAGAGCGAGCGGGAGCAGAAGAAGCACCUCCGCAAGGAGCUGGUCCACCACCUCAGCCUGUGUGACGUCCAAUACACGGGCAGCGCCCACCUCACUUUCACCUCAGCGCCACCUAGUGGCACGGCUACGCCUGUCUCCGCCCUGUCGACCAGCUCAGAGGAGCCGGGCAGGUGUAACGGGCAUCUACAUGGAGGGUCAGGAACUGGGACGGGGACAGGGUCACUGCCCAGGGCCAAUGGAGAGUGUCGGGGAGCGGGGAGGAAAGGAGAGGGGAUGGUGUCGGAUCUGUUCAGUGAGAUGAACCUGACAGAGAUACAGAAGCUCAAGCAGCAGCUGCUACAGGUGGAGCGAGAGAAAACAGCGCUGUUGAUCAGCCUGCAAGAGUGUCAGACGCAGCUGCAGCAUACACAGGGUGCCCUGAACGAGCAGCACGAAAGGGCCCAACGCCUCAGCGAGAGAGUCACCGCCCUCAGGCGCCUGCACCAGGAGGCCCAGCUCGCCCAGGAGACACACCUCAACCGAGAGGCCCUGAUGGAGCAAGGAGAAGAGGAAGAGGAGGAGAAAGAGAAGGGAUUAAUACACAGCAGGGGCCAGGCAUUCUGCCACCAGACCCCGGGUCUGGAGAUCCUCCAGUGUAAAUACAGGGUGGCUGUAACCGAGGUGGUCGAGCUAAAGGCUGAGCUGAAGUCACUGAGAGAGAGGUACAACCAGUGUGUGGAGGGCGGGGUGGAGGAGAGGACGCUCGGAGAGGCCCAGCACAGAUCACUGGAGCAGCAGGUGGGGAGGCUGGAGAGGAGCUGCCGGGAAGGUAGGGACAAGGUGGGGGGCCUGGAGACGGAGCUGAGAACAGCAAAGAACAUGGCCAGCGAGAGCCAGGGGGCGCUCAAUGCAGCACAGGACGAACUGGUCACCUUCAGCGAGGAGCUGGCUCAACUUUACCACCACGUCUGCCUCUGUAACAACGAGACGCCCAACCGGGUGAUGCUAGACUACUACAGACACGGCAGAGGACUAAGGGGUAUCAGUGCCUCGCUCAAGGGUGACGACACCCGCGUUCUACUCACGCCCCGCCUCGCCCGGCGGCUCGCAGCCGUUGCCGCAGCAACCUCAUCGUCCACGGCGGAGUCUCGUAGCCCCUCGGAAUCUCCAUCCAAAGAGCGGUUGUCAGGAGAGGGAGGCCGGGACGGGGGGAGGGACAGGGACAGUCCUGUACCCCGCACCCCUCCUACGGGCUCCCCCAGCAUCAGUGCCUCUUCCUCAUCUUCAUCAUCAUCAUCGCCUGCGGUAGAGCCAGCUGGAGACCUGCGUAGGGAACCCAUGAACAUCUAUAACCUCAACGCCAUCAUCAGAGAACAGGUGAGGCACCUCCAGAGGGCAGUGGACCGGUCACUCCAGCUGUCCAGACAGAGGGCUGCAGCCAGGGAACUGGCCCCACUGUUUGACAAGGACAAAGAGGCCUGUAUGGAGGAGAUACUGAAGCUCAAGUCCCUGCUCAGCACCAAGAGAGAACAGAUAGCUACCCUCAGACUGGUGCUCAAAGCGAACAAACAGACUGCAGAGAAUGCCCUGGCCAACCUGAAGAGUAAGUAUGAGAAUGAGAAGCACAUGGUGACAGACACCAUGAUGAAGCUGAGGAACGAACUGAAGGCCCUGAAGGAGGAUGCUGCCACCUUCUCAUCGCUCAGAGCCAUGUUCGCUACCAGGUGUGACGAGUAUGUGACUCAGCUGGAUGAGAUGCAGAGGCAGCUGGCUGCGGCGGAGGACGAGAAGAAGACGCUCAACUCCCUCCUGCGGAUGGCCAUCCAGCAGAAACUUGCCCUGACCCAGCGUCUGGAGGACCUAUCCUUCGACCAGGAGCAGUCGCACUGCACCCACAGCGGCAAGGUGGCCCGCAUGAAGAGAAGCACCCCCAAAAUCGUCAGAAGUCUGCUGCCACAGUGCCGCCAGUCUCCUCACAGCUAAGGUGGGAGAAGGCCUCCCAAGCCAGCAGACGUAGCAUUGUGUCAGUUAUCCAGGAGCACCGAGCUCACUGCCCGCUGAGCAGCUACCGCAGCGGCCCCCCACGAGUGCCUCUCCUUUGGCUCGUCCAGCCGCCUUGUCCCCCUGGUCCUCUAUAAACCUGGAACUACUACACCCUGACCUCCAACCCCAUCACAGCACUCUGCAGGGCAGAGCCAGAGCAGUGCCUCUCGCUGUGGAAGAGAAGGACGACGCUCACAAAGACUUAUAAGAGACUGUCUGACUGAGGAUUUGUGGGAGAAAAGAGUGACAUGCCGCCAUCUUUGCUACCAAGCUAGCUAUUAGUCAUUGUUCAUCAUGUCUUUGUCAAUGGUGUUUUGGGGGGUGUUGAAACAUACUUUUAUGUUACGACCAGUGAUGAUUAUUUUGUUUGGGUUCAAGAGGUGGACAACUUGGGUUUUGCUGAAUGUAUAGCUCGCUGUACAAUCAUUAACGGUACAGUUUGUCGCGAAUGCCAAGGUGGCAGUGGACAAAGCCAUAACUGUGUAUUUGAAAUGCAUGUAAAAAAAAGAAAAAAAAAGAAAGAAGUAUUAGCUUUCACAGACACAGAUUGUUUAAGUCAUUUUCUUCUCUUUUCAUCGAUUGUCCCCACCUCUCACCAAGAUCGUAGUGUUUUAUAUUCUAUGGAAUUGCUUUCAAACGCACUUUGCCCACGCACCCUACGGUAUAUGAAUGUGUUUCUAUUGCACUUUUAAUGUGUUUUACAGGAUAAGAGAUUUAUACAAACAUUGUAAAAGCUGACAGUGUUUGUACCAUCAUCGUCCUUCCUUGCUUCUACGGUAUCUAUGUUGAAGCAUCAUCUUCGUCCCAAAUGACACCACAUUCGCCAAAGUAGUGCACUACAUAGGGCAUAGGGUGCCAUUCGGGACGUCCUUUUCGUCCUUCCUCUCUCUCUUUCUCUGAAGGCCUCAAUCAACCUCCUGAAUGGCAAGCACAAACUGACCAAUGCAUUCCAAUACUAGUUGUGAUCGACUGUUUACCCCCACUGGGUUAAAUAAUGAUGUUGAAAGUAGAUCUCUAUCCAAGAUUGCCUUUUGUUUUCUACAUCCUGUGUAUGGAAGUAACCAUGCUGGACCGGCGUGUAGACCGCUUUCACUAUAGAAUAGUAGUACUAGUAGCACUGUAGUUGUAGUAAUAGUAGAGGUAGUUGGCAGUUUAUGCUGUACAGUAUUCAACCAUGAUGCUAUGUAUCCUAACCUAGAAAUACCAAUUUGGAGCUUUUCUCAAACCACCACCCAGCAACUUUUAACCAUCUAUAUCAAACGUCCACUCAGUCACAGCUCAUAAGCGUGGCAAAAUGGGAUGAAUUCACACACCUCAGCCUAGCUUUAGACAGAAGAUUCUGUUUCUAAAGGAUCUCUGACCAGAACUGGGGUUGCUAAGUGCAGUUGGGUUUCAAAAACGUUGGGUUUUGACAUGCUUUUGUGUUAUUCUGGUGAAUGCUGUCUGCUCCAUUCCUUACUAGGCUUCUCAGACAUGACGUGAAGCAGAUGAAGGAGAAGGAAGGGGUUUUGUGUAAACCAGCCGGAGACUGUAUUAACCCACAGAGCUAAAAACCCAACGCAUUCGUUUGGGAGAGCAAACUUGCUUUGGAGCCCAAUGGCUUUAAACCUAUCAGAUGGUUCAAAUACCAUUGGAGGUAUACAUAGGCCAACUGGACAUACAGUAAGCUAUGAAGAAAAUGAUUCAUGUUACUAGCUACCUUUUUCUGGACCUGGAGUGUAUAAGUACUCAGGGCACAAAGAUGAAAUUCUGAAUGUGUGUCCCAUAAUAAAGAUGAACGGACUGGCUUGCACAAUUUCAACACUACUCGACAACUCAAUAAAAACCAUUCAGACAGCAAUAUAUAAAUGUAUGGUAUCUUUCAAAUCAUUUUUAUUGCAUAUUUAACCAUGUAAAGCCUACAUUUCAAAACACAAUAAAUCCCCCCCUAAUCUUAUAGGGGACUGAUAAACA